GCCCUGCAACUUGUUUUCAUAAUUUGUUGAAGAUGAAAGCUCUGGAACGGGGACGGUUGCUGGGUGUAGAUGUUGGCAAUAAGUAUGUCGGGUUAGCAGUUUCAGACCCUUGUAAUAAAAUCGCAUCACUUCUAAGUGUUCUGCUUUGAAAGAAAACAAAUAUGGAUUUGAUGGCUGCUGAUUUUCAAAGUCUGGUAAGGUUGUCAUUCAAUUGGCUUGAUAAACACUUGGACUUUAGUAUGGAAACUGAAGCAAUGGUUGUGACCUCAAAAUAUAUGAAAGAGUAUCCUUUGAACAAAAGUGACUGCUUAUGAUGAUUGGACUCCUUUGAAUGUCAAUGAAUAAGUGAGGCUGGAUUUUGGAAUGCUUGUUCCUUCCAAGAUUGUGGCAUGAGAGAGGGAUUUGUUUAGGUUCCUUGUUUUUUUAGUGGGGAUGAUGGAUGUGGCCUCUGGGCUCUGGUAGGGAGAGGGAAAAGUUCUCCUGGUGUAAAAGCAUGCUUUAUUGUGAUUAAAAUCACUUGUAUUUGUUAGUUCUCUCUGCAUCUGUGUCUCUCUUUCUACAUUGCAGCAUGGAGCAUCCUUACAUUGUUCCUUUUCAUUAAUCCUCUGCUUUUGUCACUCCUGUAAUUCAACAAUUAAGGUGUCUGAUGUGACUGACUUCAUUUUGUGUACCUUUAUGAUCUGAUAAUUAUAAUAGUCAUCACUCUAAUCAAUUCCUCACAUCAACUCUAUGGUUGCAUUAUGAUCAUAGUUGCCUUUUAGCUGUGUUGUGAUUAGUUGUAUAAAUCAUGUUUAGGUGUCUACUAGGCAACGAGAACAGCACCACUAGCAAGACUCAUUUUAUAAAAUUUUCUUAAAUAUAUAAUGCAGCAGAUCUCUGAGCUAUCUCUGGUGGGCUUCGUUAUUGGCUAUCCAUUUGACAGACAAAGAAAGGCUCCUGAUGUGUGUUCUUGUCUCAUAUUAGUAGUCAAUACAAUCUUGUUGUUGCUCACUUAUCUUGUUCUUUUUUUUUCUUUGAUUAGGCUAUGCAAGUGAAGAUAUUCAUUAAUGAGCUAAGUAAGAUGGGAAAACUUGAUGGUGUGAAGUACACUUUCUGGAAUGAGUGCUUUACACCAAAGAAUCUAGAACUGCUGUAGAGCCCUUGAAUUUGCACCCAUUUCAGUUGAAGACAAUAUUUGACAAAUUUGCUGCUGUUCAGAUUCUCCAGGUGUACAUGGAUUAUGUGAACAAGAAUGUGAAGUUGGACAAUACCGACUGAGAUAUCUUUGACUAUAUGCAGCUGGAUACCUUGAGCAUUCUAUCAAUCCAACAUCAUCAGCGUAAGAAGAGUGGCUUUGAACUUUGAACUUUGAACUUUGAACUUUGAACCCCAAGGGAAGGUUCAGCAUCCCAUCAAUGCUGUUAUUCAUUACAAGGUCUCAUAUGAUAUCCACAUCCAAGCCAGGCAUCCCAAAAAAAAAAAAAAAAUGGAAUGCUGUAGGCUGUAGUUGCCAUGGAAUUGUUAAAACUGUUUCAAUUCCUGUUGCAACUGUAGUUCAAGGACCAUCAAGGGAAACUUCAACUCUGAUGAUUAUCUUGGUAAACCCACCAUUGUAUUUGUCCCAGAAUCCAUAUAGUCAUUUUAUAUGCCUUUCUUACAGGAACACUGGAGAGAACAAUUUGUUCCUGCUGGCCCCCCCCCUUACCUAUGGCAUCACUCUUUCUUUAGAAUGGUACCGUUGAAAUCAAAAAAACAAAGGGCUCUCUGCCCUAAGAUGUGGCAAGCUGAUAAGGACAGACCCACUGUAAGGGCUGUGGUUACUUUUUGUGGGCCACAUGCUGCCUACCCUACCAAUGGGAUCACUCUUCUUCCUCUACUCUUUUUUGGUCAAUAGUCAGAGAGAAAUACUUUGUUCAGAACAACACUCCUCACUUGACUCGGUAAUAAAUUUUUUUUCUUUUU